AUGAAGGACGCAUCCGAAACACUAAGUACAUCAGAUGAAGAAGUUUUGAAGCUACAGAAAAAAAUUGAACACUUACAACAAGAAAACAAAGUUCUACAUGUCAGAGCCCAAGGAGUGACCGUUUUAGGUACAGUGAUGUUUUGUUGACGUAGAUGUUGUAGGUCGAAUUGUAAUUCAAGUUAAAAUUUUUUCAACUUCGUUUUAAUCUUGGAUUUGGUUUGUCUCUUUGCCCUGUUUGAUUAUUCUUGAUUGUGAAUGGAGUAAGGAAACAAAGGAAAAUGAGGUUUGUUGGGAGAAAAUGUGAAUUUAUUAUAUUUACAAGUGCAAGGGGUACUUGUAUAAUUAUUUGCUGUAAAACAGUGAUCAAGUAGAGAUGCACUUUAUAGGUUGAUCUUGCAUACUAUCACUGUCAUGAACAGCCGGAAAGCAGUCUUUUUGCAGUAUGCUGAAUACGUGCAUGUUCUAAAUAGUAUUUAUUUGUGAAAUUACACCUUAAUUUAACAGGCAAAGUUCUUCAAGAUUCACAAGAAAAUAAUGCAAGACUGAAACAAGAAAUUGAGCAAUUAAAAUCAAGCUUGUUACAAAAAGGUAUCGAUGCGGCACAAGCUGACUUUUCACUUUGUACAGUUAAUGAUGAUGAUAACCAAAGCACAGGAGAAAAGCAGAGUGGCAGCUGUCAUUCAUCCAUGACAAGGUCGAGUGUUGGAAUUCAUGAUUAUAACAUCAAUGUAACAACUGUCUCUGGUCCCCAGUCAUUAUCUGCAGGAUAUCCAUCAUUAUUACCUGGAGAAUUUCAUAUCAAGGUACAAUAAUAGUGUAACAUUGACUGAUCUGCCAAAACAUUUGUUCUGCAGCAUUAAUGUUUUAAUGUGUUAUUGGUGGCCUCAAUAUAUUAUCCUAAGGUUGGCGGUUUGUAUCCAGAUUAAUUAAGGACUAUAAAAUUCAUAAGAAAUAACAUCCAUAUUUAAUAACCAACGAGAAAAAAGUAAACAAAACUUACCCCCUACAAACUUUGACUACAUGUACAAAGAGCAAAAACCACAGUGAUGGUCUUGAAUACCUACAUGUAUUGGUGUUUGGGAAGGAAUGGAUCAGUUGCCACGUGUUAUCCAGUCUCUUGGGUGGUGAUUGUCUUCCGCAUCGAGCCUGGGCCCAAACAUAGAAUAAGAUGGUGUUUUUUCCAACUGGAUUUCUUUCAAUUUAUAGAUAGAGAUUAAUUACCAGAAUUGAUCAACCAUUUGACCUCAUCUUUUCAUAAAAUUAAUUUUCUACAUUUACUUAGGCAUUUGCCCAUUCCUUUUCUAUUGGCUUGGCUAUCUAGUUCUCAUCUUUGCGCUUGCAAGAAUUUUUUUGCAUGAGAGGUCACACGAUUAUUUUAUUUGUGCAACCUAAUAUUUUACUGGGAAACUCACAAAACCGUGAACUUCAGAAAUAUUUCUGGAAUGUUACAGUGUUGUAAGGGAAGAGCUAAUUGAGCAUGUGAAACUAACCUACAAUCAGCGAUUAUCAUAGUAAUGAUUAGUUGGUGGUUUUGUGGCUGACUUGGAUGCCCUGGUGUUCCCUUUGAUUGGCCAUAACAGAAAAAACAUUCUUAAAAUAUUCAGAUUUUCAUGGUUUUAUUAGUUUGACAGUUAGGGUCUGUUGAUAUCAUAAAAAGUUGUUGGUGGCUAUUAAUACUUGAAUAUUUUGAUGAAUUAUAAUUGAAAAUUACUUUAAUAGUAUGUUUGUGUAAUCAUAAAUAUCUGUCAAUGCAUGGCACUUGUCAUGUGAUGACCAAGAAUAUCUUGCCAAGACACAAGGACGUCAUGAGGUGUUUUUGCUGGAAGAUAAAUUUAUGACUGAGGAUCGAUUUUCAAGGGCUGCAUUGGCUUGUUCAUGUUCGCGUGUACAUAACAUUCCAUUUGUAAUGAUAACGAAUGAGAUGCCACCAAUGGAAAAUUAAUACUUCAAACUGGUUGUGCCCAUCUCUUGGUACAUAACAUUAUUUUAUUUCAACUAUCAACAUCCUGAAGAAGAUACAAGUUGCCUAUCCAUUUUACUGUAUAAUUUGUCCCACCCACUUUACAGUAGUGGGAAGGUGGGUCUAUCAGCAACUUUCUUGCUGGGCAUGAAUGUGUAUUGUAGUGGGUUCCUUCUAAUUGCUUCCUUUUGAAACCACAUGAAAUUAUUUUUACCAAAGGAGAUCUAUACAGAGUACCAGCAUAUAAAUCAUGAAAUUGGUCAGCUUCUUAAAGAGGCAUAUACCUUGCAAGAGAAUGUGGAAAGACUUCCUGGUAAUGACAGAGACACAGAGAUAAAGGGAAAGCUUGCAAGUCUUUACUCCAAGCUUAAUGAGUAUGCCAAACAGGCAAGAACAAGGGAGACACUAUCAAGUGCUUUGAUUUCAGAGGAGGAACAGUUAAGAACUAAGCUUGCAGCUAUGGAAGAGGAACAGGUUUGUUUUAAUAUUUAAUGUAGCUGUGUUUCCAGGCAACUUAAUUGAGGAUGGGAGGUAGGUGUCAAUGGGUGAUUCCAGAAAAUAUCCAUACCAUACCACGGGCGGCAUCUUGGAAUUCCGAGGGAGAGGGGGGGUUUCUUGGACUGGAAUUCCGAAGACGUGGGGGGGGGAGGGGUAACGCAGUUUGGAAUUCCAAAGGCAUGGGGCGGUGUUUCAGCUCUGAAUUCAGUGAAUUUCCAGAGAAAAGACGGCGAAAGCUCCGCUUGAAAUCGCUGACCUGUUAACAUUCCCAGUUUGUAAAUGAAGCACGAACCGACCACGGAAGAAGUAUGCGUUCAUGCAGAUGGGUAAGCAGAUGGGUUGUGCAGCAAGCUCCACAUCGAAGAGGCCUUAAAGUUGAUGAAUUAGUCAACUGAUUAAUAAAAAUAUAACCAAGUCGGUGUUUCUCGCCGAUUGUCGAUGGACGAUGUGUUGCUGCGUGCUGAAAACUCGCACCAGUCUCUCGUUUCCAAAUAGAACGCCUGACAGAUUUUGUAUUUCACGCCGAUUUUCACGCCAACAUGUAGGUAGUAAAAUCCGACAGCGUGCCUUUUGAUGCGCUGUUUAAUUCAAAACUGUUUAUGCGCAAGUGUUUUGAUCAUUGUGAACAGAAUUCUUUUGCAGAGGGAAAAAGUGCAAGUUUCUCGUUCGUUUGAAGAUUUAGGCAGACGAACAGGAAUUCCAAAGGGUCUGAAACAAAAGUGGAAAAUUCCGGAGGAGAGGGGGGGUUAGCGAUUUUGGAAUUCGGAGGGCAAGGGGGGGGAUAAGCACUUUGGAAUUUCCGAGGGCAAGGGGGGGUUAAAAUACUCAUGCCACCAGUGGUAGGGUAUGGAUAUUUUCUGGAAUCACCCAAUCAAAACUAGUUGUACAGUUUGUCUCUCUUCUCCCAGGGUCAUGUUUGGGACUGUGUACAUAGUUACUCCAUUUCGCCUAUCCAGACCCUAUUUUCUGGACCCGUCACAGCUUAACUGACAGACUACGACUAACAUCGCAACGAAAUUGACCAGUCAGAUCAAUAACUAGAGUAUAAUACCAUGAACUGAUGUGAUACAACUCACUUUGACUCUGAAGAUGACUACUGCACAGGUUGUCGAAACGUCAGUCACUGUCAACAACAACAGUCCUAUUCAGGACUACGUUCACCCGGACGACCAAACUCAACCUACUUUUACUUUUACUAUUAUUAUUAUUAUUAUUAUUAUUUAUUAUUUUAUUCACUCUUGAUCAGUCUUUGAUUUGUUUAUUUGUGUUUGUUUACCAAUAAUUAAACUGCAAGGCUUCUCAUGAAAAUGUCGUGCAAGAGCUCAAGGAGAAACUUGAUCAAAGCAAAGAAGAAAUUGGACAAAUUCAAAGUGAACUAAAGUUAUUCCAAAAGACUACUGCAGUUAAAAGACAGCAUGAAACAACCACAGCAGCAGACAGCAAACCUUCAUUUGUCAUUCCAGAACGAAGUCCAGCUGUCUCACUUACAAAUGAGGUACAAUACAAUACAAUAGUUUAUUUACCCAUGUACAUGGGUUUCAUCUAAUGAGCUAAAAUGCUUGUUCAAAAUACGUAGGUACUAUAACUUCUGUUGGCUUUUCUUGCUAUUGUAUUUUAUAGUUUUUAAUUCAAACACUAGUAUGGCACAAUUCAAUUCAAUGCAAUAGUUAUUCACUUGCCUCACUUGUAAUUAAAUUAAAUUACGUGUAUGAAAAGAGAAAAUUGAAGGUCAGGAUCAAGACCUCAAGAAACCGUCAAACUGGCACAAAAUAGUUCUUGCUGCUAUACCAUAAUUAUAUUAUAACCAACAGCUCAAUUAGAUUUGGAAAAUAAGUCUCGUUUUUGUACCACAUUCAACUAAAGUAUUAACCUUAAACUGCAGGCUUCUUGUGCUGUGGAAUGCACAUAUCUUGUUAAGUCAUAAUCACUUUAGCAAAUGAUAAUGCAGUUGUAUUUAGAAGCAGCUGAGGACGGCAUUAAUUCUUUUGGACAUAUAUUGUAAUUUAGGAUAAAAUUAUAUUGAUUGAUUGUUUUCUUUUUUUCUUUUCUCUUUUUUCCUAUAAAAGUCUUUCAUCUUGAAGUCACCACUAUCGCAACAUGGACCUGAACCUUGUGAGAGCUGUACACAACUGCAGCGCCAGCUUACUGAACUUCAGCGACAGCUAUUGCUAACAAAAGCUGAGAAGGAUGAAGCAUUGAAGCUUAAGGAAGAGGUAAAAGGGUCUUCGACAGACUGAGUCACUUUGUGGAAUGUAGAAUCCAAGAAAUUCCACCUUACAAUGAUUAUUUUGACUGGAUUGAUAAUAAGUGAUUGAAGCAUUGAAUGACGACAGACUGAUCUGAUCUGACUAACAGCUAACUCUAAAUAUGUCCACUAUUGAGUCUUGUCAUGGAGGAGAAUUACUUAACCCUUUAAGCCCCAAUAUCCACAUACAAAUUCUCCAACCUGAUCUCUAUACAUUUCCUUACAGAAUGAGUAAAGAGAAUCUGAUAAAAGAUCAAAGCGUUUCCCUUUGGUGAUCAUUUUAUUUAUUCUCAUAACCUAAUCUCUUUACAGUGUAGGGAUAUCAUUAGGAGAAAAUUGAUUUUGGUCACUAUUGGGAGUUGAAGGGUUAAUUGUUGUUACUAGAUUUUCUUGACUAACUGGCCAGCAGACUGAAACAAAAUAGGUCUUUUUUUUUCAGAACAACAACUAUCAUGAACACGUCUGAAAACUUGUUGGUUUGCUUACUAGAAUUUCAACUAAAACUUGUAGAGUCAAACUGUGUUCUGUUAUUGUUCAAAAGAUUCUUGAUGUAAAUCAUAAGUGGGAUGAACAGUACAAGUUGCUGGUAGCAGCCAAUAACAAAGAAAUCGUUGAUCUGAGGCAGCAAAUUCAAGUUCUAAACUCUGCUGGUAGAAGACCUGGUCAGUUUCCAGAACCUGCCAUGAUGGAAAAUAGGGUAAGUGUUACAUUGUAAAGGAAGCGUGGAGCUCUAAGGUGUGACGGCUUUUUUACUAGAAUUUCACCCAAUAAAAGUUCAUGACAUUUGCAAGUUCAGGCUGGUUUCCGAAUAAUGAUAAUGUGAUCACUGCCAUCACUGAAAAAAGAUUGUAGGGGUUAGAGUGGUAUGUAUACAAACAAUAAUUCUUCAGUGAUCAGUUAUCAUGUGUUUUUGUGUGGUAAAUGUAAACCUUGUUGUUUUAUGCCUUGUUACUAUGCUAGAUGCUGGAUCAGCGCUGCAAGCAAUUGGAAAGUGAGCUUCAGCAGAAACAGCUGGAGAUAAACAGCCUGCAGUUACAGAUGAGGAACCAUUCUUUGGUAAUAGUCUCAGUAGAUACAUUUAUGAUAUAAGUAUUAUCAAGCCCAUACUAUACCAAAAUGUUAUUUUAUUCCUUUCUUCAUUCAGAAGAACUGCUUAUAAUAAAAUAAGACAGUAAGGAUUCUACUCUAUUUGGAGUCAAAAAGCUCUAAACCUAUGAAAUCCAUUGCUGACAUACAAAUUUUCUUGGCUGAUCUCCAUACCUUUCCUUAAAGAAUUAGUUGAUAUAGUUUUACAUAAAGAUCAAAGCAUUUUCUGGCUUAGGUGAUCAUUUCACAAUUCUCGUACUCUUUGCUCUUGAUUAUGUUUUAUUGUCAUUCCGAUAGAUGUUAUUCACUCUUACUACUCUUAUUACUCUUACAGUACUUAGACAGUUAGCUUUGGUACAUUACUUAAGGGAAGUGUGAGUAACUUAGUGCAGGGUUGUCAAAAGUAGCCUGCUGCGGGCGAAAAUCGCCGCCUACUUGGUUAGUGUCGGCCGGCUACUCUGCUUGCCAUUUCUUUAUGGAUGGUGUUUUUUAAAUAAAAUAUCCCUGGACUGGCCACUUACUUUGACAACCAGGCCGUCUACUUCAAAACUUUCUGACAGCCCUGUGGCAUCAGUGGAGAAGAUACUUUCUUCCAUAAAUUGUUGUUAACUUUUAUUAAAAGACAGUAGUGGCACCAUGCUUCACUUACAGCUGUAAGGGUGGACACCUGUAGGCUGUGGUUAACUAGAAAUGGGAAUGAUGACAUUUUGUUCUUUCUUCUGAUUUAACCAUUGCAGUACCAGCAGCCUCCAGCACGCCAGAACUCCUCUAUGGAACCUCCAUCUUCACAUCCCUCUCUGAUGGGUGCAGCUGCCCUGCCAACUGGAGCUUCUGCCACAGCACCUACCACUGGCCCACCCUCCUGGCCAGGGACCACCCCCUACAACCAGAAUAUCCCCCCAGAGGUGAUCGAUCAGAUUGAAGUACUGAAACAACAGCUAAGAGUUUACGCUGAUGAUUUUGCCACUGAAAGAGAAGAUCGCGAACGCAACCAGGCAGAGAAGGAAAAAAUGCGAGAUGAACUUGCAGCUGUUAAAGAACAAGUUCAGGCUCUUGAACAGCAAGUAGGUUUUGUCUAUAAAUUUAGACCUUGCUUAAAGGCUUUGAUGGUCAUUGUGAUGAAUAGGCAAACAUUUGAAAUAACAGAAACAAAUUCUUACCAUACAUUGGAAGUGUAUUGUACACAACAACAUUACAAACGUGUCACAAAACUGUUCCUGGGUGCAGGAGUUAGGAGCUUGAUUCAACAUCUCAGCUGCACUACUCACUUGGAUAGACUACAGUUCAGCUUUUCACACAAUUUUUUCUGGGUGCAGGAAUUAGUAGCUUGAUACAAAAUCUCAACAUGUCAUGGAUUUUCUGUACAAAAUAAUUAUUGUUUAUGACUUUAAGAAAUGUUAUUUCUGAAAUGUUGGCUUUUUCAUCACAGUGACCUCUUAAACCUGGCAAGGUCUAUAGCAGAGGCACAAGAAAGUUCAAGUAUACUAUAGAUAUCAUUUUACAGGACGAAAAAAAAAAGACAGUGAAAAGAGAAUUAUCCUUUGGUGUAACUUCAGUGCACUGUAUUGAAAAAAGGUUCUCAGGUGUGGUACUUUCGCCACUAUCCCAGCUGAAAUUUACAGUAAUCUCUUUAGAUUGUCCUUAUUGUGUUGAAAAAAAUAAUACAUUAUUUACCCAGAUUCAACAUGCUGUCGUCAUUAUUUUCAGUUCUAUUAUUCUCAAGACAAAACGAGUAAAGUUAAUUGUUUAAAAAUGACCCUUCUUACAUAAAAUCUUGCAGAAUAACCAAAUGCUGCCAUAGUGUAUUGAGGUUGCACCAAAGUUCAGAGUAAGAAUUAAGUUCUAAUGACAUUAUUGUGAAGUGUCUCUGCUCUGACAUACAUAUACAUGAAUUACAAUUGUUUCUUCAGUCACUGUCAGUCAUUGUCGAAGCCAUCUGAGCAACUCUUCCAGUAGGCUCUGACACUUCAUUAAACUGAGUAGCCCUGGCCACUGAGUUAGUACUGACAUUGUACAACAGCGUGUCCUUAUGGACCAGCGUACCAGGCUGCUGUCGACCAACAUCUCUUUGGUAGGUUCGGUAUCACAACAAUGUGGAGGACAUGUACAUAGCAAGGACAGGUGGCCAGAGUGUUUGAUGGUGGCAGUUUGUGACAUGGUUUUCCCUAAUCUCUUUGAAAAGUGGGAGAACCAAGGCACAUUUUUCGUGCUUUAGUGACGGAUGUUACAUCAUGACAUCUCAGUUAUGUGCCCAGCCAUCUUGUAACCUUGCCUCAACCUUAGUCUGCACCAAUAAUCUCCUCUCCCAUCUUCUCCUCAUGGAGCCCCCAUGGUGACCAAGAGGUGAACAGGUUGGACUUGGAUCCAUAGGUCUGGGUUUGAGCCUUGGCAUCGCUUGGUUUCCUUAGACAAGAAACUUUGGUCCACUAUGUCUCUCUUCACCCAGGUGUGUAAAUGGGUACCAUUUACCUGGGAGUUGGGAGUCACCCCCUGCAAUGGACUGGCAUCCUGUCCAGAGGGGAGUCACACUACUUGCUGGUGCUUCAUGGCACAGAAACUGGAACAAUCUCCAGUGAUGUGAGCUCCAUGGCUUAAAGUGCACCUUCACCUUUUCAUAUCAGUAUUUCUCUUCUGUUGAAUGUUGUUAUGAACAUAAAUGGGCACAUAAGUGUGGUCUUUUGAUGUAGCAUGCCAUACUUUACAUGUUACUUUCAACAUUUGAACAAUGUGAAUUCAAUUGGGCGUGUCUUUACAUCAUUUUUCUAUGGCUUAAUUACAGACUUGGCUUCCUUAGUUUAGACACCUUAAUUAUAUUGUUUAUGUGUGAAGUUUCUCUAAUAUUCAUUUUAUCAUCCUUCUUCCUUAAAUUACUUUACAUGUAUAAAAGUCUUAUAUUAUUAAAUUAAUUUUUGACUCUGUCCCAAGAGCCAGUGAUUAAACCAGUAAUUGGUCAAUUACAAUACUAGAUAACAGUAAUAUUUUCUUAUUUCACUGGUGUGUUUUCUUUAUUCUUUUGUGAUUAAUAAACAGCUAUAAGCCCUGUGGUAAAACUCUGUUUUCUGUGUACAUAUAAUAAUUAUGCAAAUUACUGUUUGUGUGUGUCAGCUUUUAAUUAUUUAAUCAUAACAUUGCACUCGAAGUCAAGUUCACAAAGAAAAAAACAGUUACACUAUAUGUUAAAAAUGUUUCUUCUUGUUUUUUGUUUGUUUUUUUAAAACAGGUUCAAGUAUAUGAAGAAGAUUUCAAAAGGGAAAAGAGAGAAAAGGAAAGCUUACAGCAGCAGUUAAGGGCAGCUAGCUACAGUACUGGGGUAAGCUAGUAAAAUCAUGACUGUCAGCAGUUUAAGCCAGAUGAAAUGAUGGGAAAGAUAAUGCAAUAAUAUCAUACCAUUUUCUUUUAUUACAUCCCGGUGAGAAGGAAACCCCAAAUGUUAUGUUACAUUUUAAAUUUAAUCUAAGAAGUUAACAGCAACUUUUCAUUGUCGAAAAUUUUAUAGAUUAUAGAAUUGAUGUUAUAAAGCAAAGGUUCAAAACUCAAGUAGAACUUAGUUUCAUUUUGAAGCUGGAAUCGUGUGGUCAAAUCAUUCAUCUUUUACAAUAACACUCAAUGGUCCAUGGUGAGGUCUUGAGAGUGCAGAACACACAGACAAAAUAUUAAGCCAUCUGUUGGCAAUACUCUUUCAGCAAGUCUGCAGGAGUUUCCAGCAUUAUUGUAGACACUUUGUAAUUUUUGUCUUCAAGAGGAGCUUUCUCCCUCGUAGUAAUCCAUAAGUGUAAUAAAAAUUGUAUUAAUUGAUCAGGGUGGCGGCUAUCAAUACCAAGACCCGUUGACUGAAAGAGCCAGAGCUAUAGCUGAACAGAGAGCUAGGGUGCAAGCUAUUAAAGAGGUACAUGACAGGGAGAGAGACAGAUUACUGAGAGGACAACAAGAGCUGCAGCAACAUGUGUAUGGACAGCAGUUAGGGGUAAGUAUUGCUUACUGUAAGACAUCUACACCUACACCUAUACGUUACAAGAUAAUAGUCAGGACCGCUGCUACUACUCUAACUGCUUAUGCUAUUGGACGUCACAUCUUUGACCACACAGCAGAAACAAUCUCUAUCAAGUGCCUAGCUUUAAACUUCUGUUAGCGACGUGUCAAAAACACCCCAUGUGUCCCUUUCCUAUUUCCUUCUCAGUCUUCCUCUCUCUCUUUUCUCAUCUAUCCUCUUUAUCUAUUAUCUUUUCCAAGUCCUCACUUCUUCUUAAGUGGCCAAAAUACUUCAGCUUUCGUUUCUUUAUAAAGUUCUCUAACCAUGUAGUUCGAAAGCCGGUGCCUUGUGUAGAAGAAGGAUCAACAUGUAGAGGCUAUUAGAGACCUUUAGAUUUGAGGAUGAGUAUGACAUAAAUUAUGAGUACAAGAUUCGACUAAUAGCUUUUUUCGCAUUCUUAAAAAAAAAACAAACACCCAGGAAAGCUUCAUUUUACUUUUUUUUCAACAGAAAGGUUAACACGGUUAUUUUUAUUAAAGGAGGUUAAGCCCUUUCCUGAUUGCAAAGUGAUAAAACCUCUAAUAUUUUAACCUGUUUUCAUCACUAUGACAUUCUUGCAAAAACCGUAAUAGAAUGAUGACGGCUAUCACGUUUUCCCAUUCUUAAAUACUGUGACAAUCUCAUUGUCAUAGUCCUCCUCGUCAGAGAAUCAUAAGGUCUCUUGACUUUUCUGAGAGUUUAAUUGAUUGUAUUAUUAAUUUUUUAUCAAUCCCAGCCAUACUCUGGUAACCAGUACAGUCCUUAUGGGCGUGACUACACAACUCAAGAUUGGUCACGGCAAAAUCGUCCUCUAGUGCCAAGGGUAAAGAGAAUUCCAUUUAUUUUUUCAGUUAGCCAUAUUAGAUGUUACUGUAAGUCCCAUGUUAUCGAUCGCCUGUUACAGGCUCCAAGAUAGUAGUAUGCAGGGAUCUUGAAAACUGAUGCGAAAAACGCGCGGAGGCUAGCAGGGUUCGUACAGGCCAUGGAAAACCUUGAAAGUCUUGGAAUUUAAGACUCUAGUUUUCAAGGCCUGGAAAGUCAUGGAAUUUAAUUUUCGGUCCUUGAAAGUCAUGGAAAACUAGAAAAAGUCAUGGAAAAAGUCAUGGAAAGUCAUGGAAUUUGAAGAACUUGAAAGAGUACGAACCCUGGCUAGGGAGAGAGGCAGCCUAGCACAGGCUGUGUUAUUGAGUACAAAUUGUUGUAUGCCAAAGCUGUUUUUAAACAAUAUAAUAUUAAGGAGAAUAUUGAUGUUGAUCAUGGGAAUUGAAAUCGGUUGAUACAUAAAUUAAUCCGCACAAUAUAGGGCAAGGUAGAUGAAGGAAACCUAAACGUAUAAACAUUGUACAUUUAAAGCUGUCAUAAACGACUGUAUCCUGUUUAGGAUAGCUCUGUUGAUGGUCGCUUUGUGAACACCUUAUAUGAACUACACUCUAUUAUAUUAUCCAUGCCUUAACACCUUCCCUUAAGCAGCCGCGGACAACGAUGUAGGUUUUUUUAGGUCUUUAAGCUCCUUUUAGCAGACAGAGCCAUGUAAAAAUCUCAUUGUUUGUCCUCUAUUCAACAACAAACGUUUCAGUGUUUUUGGCUGCAUAGUACAAUGAUGACUUUAGUGCGCAAGCUCCCGUAAGCUUCCAUGCAUUCCGUAUGCCGGCCUCCACGCAUCCCGUAAGCUCCCACGCGUCCCGUAUGCUUCCAAUGGCCACUUGUAAGGGACAUCUGAAAAAUUUUUCACUAAAAAAUCGCUUACCUGUUGUCCUUUCAUCGCAUCCUUGCCCUAAAAAUGUACUGAUGGUGAACUCGUUUUUGGAUUCAAAGAUCUACCUCUGGAUUUUCCUCAAGAAAUUCACCUCAAAAACUUAACCAUUUUCCGCUGCUAAGGUUUCUGCUUCCAUUCAUUAUUGUUAUCCAGGGAUCAUAUCCUACACGUGGGCCAGUCUCACAGCCAUCAAACCAAAGAUCCAGUGCGGCACAGUCUAUGUACCAUGGCGGUGAGGUUCUUCCCGAUACAGUAGAAGAUGUUGUUGAUUCACCUGCCGCUGCCGCCGCCGCUGGUAAUGCCGACAGUGAUGAUGCAAAAAUCAGUUUUGACCAUGAUAAAGAUGUGUCAAUUCAGCUGGAUGAAUGUCCGCGUUGUUUGAGAAAGUUUAAUGGCGAAAACAGCGAUACCAUUCUCAAACACAUUGAAAGGUGUAUUUCAUAA